AGGUUUAUGAUCCCAAAAGUCACGAAGAAAAUCAAAAACAAAGCGGAUAGCAGAUCUGUUUUCUUGUGUGGUGUGAAGGUUCUUUUUUUUCCCCUUCGUUUCGAUAUUUUAGCUGGCAAACUACAAACACAGACAUAUGCAUAUAUACUCUGAUUUCAAAAUAAGCGCCUUUUCUUUCCUGCGCCUUUUGUAUCUCUAUACUUACAUUUACUUUCCUUCGUCGUUGUCUUUUUUCCUUUGCAAUUUGUGAAGUCGAAAAGGAAGAGAAGAAAGAGAUAAGAUACAACUGCGAUGAGCUCGCCAGAGAAGACUGUGCCGCCGCAGGAGGGGGGACCCGUCUCGCCCCACACCCCCGAGUACCCCCCGUCUCCCCCCGCGUCGCCGGUGCUGUCCGCUGAGACACCCACCAUCGGCAUCGAUAUAGGAUCAGUCACCACCCGCAUCGCGGUGCUCUACCCUGCAAAGCCGAUGCCAACGAUUAUCCGCAACUCCCUCGGCAACGAGGCGACCAGCACCGUCGUGUCCUUCGCCGCCAAUGAGGCGCGCUCCUUCGGCGAGAACGCCGCCGCACGGCAGGUGACGAAGGCGAGCGAGACGGUGGUGGACUUGGCGCCGUGGAUUUUUGGCAACACCGCCGGCGAGGAGCAGAUGACGGACCGGCAGGCAUCGCUGGAGGUGAUGUCACCGACGCUGGCCAUGUCCGAGGCGAUCACGCUCGCCGUGCGUCAGCUGGGCUCACAGCCACACCCGGUGCACCCCGCGCAGGUGGCCGCCUACUACAUCAAGUGCCUGCUGGGUUUUCUGCACGAUAAGGGCAUGGUGCACAGCUCCCCUCUCUGCCUUGCCACGCCGUCCGCCGCGACGCGCGCCUCGUUUGAAGCGCUUCGUCAGGCCGCCCUCCUCGCCGGUGCCCCGCAGGAGCUGACGCUCAUCGCGCCGUCGGAUGAGGCCAACGCGGUGUACUUCCACCACAUGCAGUACGCCCACCUCCCCGCGGCGCGCGAGGCGUCGGUGCCGGUGGUCCUGAUCGACAUUGGCCAGAGCUGCUCCACUGCCUCUCUCAUCCUCGCCUCUCAGCAGUGCGUGGAGAAGAUCACGUGCCAGACGCUGCGGGUGGGCAGCGCGUACAUCGACACCCUCCUAUGCAGCCACGUGUACAACGAACUGGAUAAGAAGUUCGGCGCUGCGGCCGCUCCCCUGCGCGGGGACAUUAAAUCGUUCCGUAAGAUCUUGCGGGAGUGCCGCAAGGCGAAGGAGGUGCUGUCGACGGCGGAUGAGACGCGGGUGAUGCUGGAGGGCCUGCGCGGCGACAUCGACAUCGUCAUCCCCAUCACGCGCUUCCUGCUGGAGAAGGCCGCCUCUCCGCUGCUGCGCUCCAUUCGGAUUAUGCUGUCGUCCGUGAAGGACAACAUCCCAGCCACCAACGGCGCCGGCGAACCGGUCGUACCGCGUGUGGAGGUGAUCGGCGGUGGCUGGCGCACCGUCUGCGUGAUGGAGGUGAUUAAAGAGGUCUUUGCGAUUGACCGGGUGGGCCUGUCGCUCGAUGCGAAUCUGGCCGUGGCGGAGGGCAGCGCCAUCCUGGCGGAGGUGUUCCGCCUCUACGUCCACAAAGACAAAGCGGUGAAGCGGGCGGAGGAGGACGCCGGGGAGACGGUGGCACCGCAGCAUCGAGUGGAACUGGUCGGCUUCGAGGUGCUCAACGAGCAGUCGCCUAUCUCCGCUCCUCUUUCGGCGGACGCCGUGUCGGCGGUGUCGGGGUGGACCUGCACCGAGCAGCAGUUGGAGGCGCUCGAUAACCGCAUUCACGAGCGUCUGGCCGCGCUCAACCAGCUUGAUUCCUACAUCCUGCAGACGAUGAACGACCUAGACAGCUGCGAGGCGGCGAAGGAGAAGAAGGCGGAGAUGCGGAACUAUUUGGAGGGGGCGGAGGCGUACGUGCGCAGCGAGGGCGACGAGGCCAGUACGGAGCAACUGAAAGAGAAACUGACGGAGGUGCAGGGCCACGUGAAGGAGCACUUUCCCGAGUUAGCGGAAUACCACGCCAAGGUGCGCGCCGAGCAGAAACGCAAGGAGGAGGAGCUCGUAAAGCUGAACCAGGAGCGGCAGGAGGAUGAGUCCGAUCUCAAGAGUGAUCCGCAGCGUCUGCGCGUGGCACAGAAGCGUCGUGAGCAGGGACAGAGUCUUUUCAAGGAGGAAUGCUGGGCCGAGGCGCAGACGCGCUUUGUACAGGCGCUAUCCAUUCUUCGCCAACUUUACGACUCCAAUAGUGAGGAGAACAAGGCGAAGAAACUCGAGAUUUCGCUCUCGUGCUACCUCAACAUUGCCUCCUGCAGCGUCAAGCAGGGGAUGUGGAAGAAUGCAGUGAACAACUGCAGCAGUGCCCUGGAGCUCGCGCCGGACCACCCCAAAGCGCUUUUCCGCCGCGGCCAGGCGUAUAGCGCGCUGAAAGAUUACAAGGAGGCGGUGGUGGAUUUGGAGAAGGCGAAGGAUCUGUCGAAGGACGACCCGGCGGUGCUGGCGGAGCUGACCAAGGCGAAGGCCGCGCUUGAGGCACAGAAGGCGAAGGAGAAGAAGAUGUUCUCCAAAAUGUUCUCGUGA